GUUAGAUGGGGAUGAAGGGUAAAGGGGGGUUGAAAGUGAAAGGUGGAAUGGGAUGUUAUUAUUCACCUAGAAGUUAUUAUACAUAUGAUUUUAGCGACUUGGAUAUCCUAAUGGUUAUCCUAACAAAGCUUCCUCAAUCAAGACCUGCGUCAGAACUUGUCCGCCCUCAGAUUCUGCCACUUCCGCCGGGCGCAGCCACUUCCUCAAUUACAUCCGUGUUUGCCUCUUCUUUAUCUUCUCCUCAAACCUAAGGUACUUCUCUAAGAAUAGCAUUUUAUUCAAGCCUGUGACUGUUGCCUGGUUAUCUUUCAAGCAAGUAAUGGCCGGGGAUGGCUCAGAUGCAGCAUUUGCUUAUCAUGAACCGCCAAUAACAACCAUACUCACCCAGACUGGAUUUCUCCUGGUUUUGAAUCUUGUCAAUGUCUGCCUUGACAAAAUUCUAUAUUGUGGGCUCAUCGGCCAGCUCUUCAUUGGUAUCCUUUGGGGCACACCUGGAGCAAAAUGGCUAGAUCAAGAGACAGAAACUGUUAUCCAGCAGCUGGGCUAUCUUGGACUGAUUAUGCUGGUAUAUGAAGGCGGUCUAUCAACAUCGAUCAAAUCCGUGAGAGCAAACCUAAUAGUUUCUCUCUGCGUUGCGAUCACUGGCAUUGGCACGCCGAUGGGCUUGUCCUUUAUUCUAAGAGAGUUAGUCGGAGCAACCUCAUUACAAGCAUUUGCUGCAGGUGCAUCUCUAAGCGCAACAAGCCUUGGAACUACCUUUACAAUCCUAUCAACGACAAAUCUGAUCUCUACGCGCCUGGGUACCGUUACGACCAGUGCUGCCAUGCUAGAUGAUGUCGUUGGUCUCGUUAUGGUACAAAUCAUUUCAAAUCUAGGCGGGAAUGCUUCAUCCUUCGAUGCUCUGACGGUCAUUCGGCCCGUCUUCGUCUCGAUUGGUUUUGCACUGGGUCUUUUCCUUCUGUGUGCAUUCUUCAUCGGGCCGAUUUCCAAGAGAGUUCUCUCAGCCAAGCUCAAAGUCCCUAAUUUCAUAGGAAGCGUGCAGUUUGCGUUUUUAUACCAGACACUCUUUCUAAUAGGACUUGUUGCCGGUGCCACUUAUGCAGGCACGUCGAGUCUUUUUGCAGCUUACCUUGCAGGAGUCAUUGUUACGUGGUUUGAUGGCAUGGUCAUAGAGUCGAAGAUGCCUUCUGGCAUUGUCCCUUCGAACACACCUUCAACAGACCCUCCUUCUUCAAACAACAGAGCCCAAGACAACGACACCCCUGGUCUCAGUGUACUAUCCCACACCUCGAAUGCAUCUUCUACAAGUAAUAUACAACAUGGCGAAACACCAACAGGUGAAAAGGUCUAUGAGAAAUAUUACAAACAGCCAGUUAAUCGAAUUCUCACACCACUGUUCUUCGCAUCGAUUGGAUUCGCAAUUCCCAUCACUGAAAUGUUCAAAGGAAGUAUAAUUUGGCGUGGUAUCAUCUACGCUCUUCUAAUGAUAUUUGGAAAAUUAAUCACUGGCAUUUGGCUCGUUCGUUUCUCACUGCGUCGGCCCCUGUUGAGCUUCGCAUAUAAAUUGAAAAGACCAUUUUCUCGCAUCCAUCUCUUCUGCACGUCCGACAAACUGCAAGAAGAGAAGAAGAAGAAGAAGCAACAGACCCCAACCGAAACACCCAUCACUCAACCCUCAGAAGAACGCACAGGUAACCAAGCAAACACAAAGAUCAACAAUCGCAAAUCUCAGAAUCCUUCCUCUCAACCCAACUCUCAACCAGAAUCUCACACACAAACAACCCCCAACCAAAGCUCCACAACAACAACAACAACAAUUAUUCCAUUCCCCCCAAAACCAAAAUCAUUAUACCCACCAUCAAUCCUCGGUCUCGCAAUGGUCGCAAGAGGAGAAGUCGGAUAUCUCAUCGCUUCUCUCGCUCAAAGCCAAGGCUUAUUUGUAACUGGGUCUUCGGGUGAAAUAUCUGAUAUAUAUUUGGUUAUUAUUUGGGCGAUAUCUAUCUGUACCCUUAUUGGGCCGAUUUGUGUUGGUACCCUCGUCAAGCGGGUGAGGAAAUUACAGGAGAUGCGGGGGAGUUCUGGGUUAGAUCCGUUGGGGGUAUGGGGGGUUUGAAUACUUUAUCCUUCUAUGCUGGCUGCACAUUGGAUAUGUGUGUAUAUAUCUCUUGUUUUUCUUAUUAGAUACAUGUGAUCUUAGCGGUGAGGAAUAGUAUUAUUGUAUCUCGGUA